GUGCGCAGCGCUCGCUCAGACAGUGCGUCUCUACGUCGGGGUCGGACUCAGAAUAAACUACGUCCCGGUUUGCAGGUCUGCCAAGAUGGGUGCGCUUUCUAAGGAGUACGGCUUGGUUGUGCUCACUGGUGUUGCCAGCAUGGUCAUGGUCGGUCACCUGGCCGUCAGAGUGGGCAAAGCCCGGAAGAAGUACAACGUGUCGUACCCACAGAUGUACAGCGAUGAUCCAGAAAACGGACAGAUCUUCAACUGCAUCCAGCGUGCACACCAGAACACGCUGGAGGUAUACCCCGCCUUUCUCUUCUGCCUGGCAGUUGGCGGCUUGCAUUGCCCUCGUCUAGUAAGCGGGCUCGGAGCUGUGUGGAUCGUUAGCAGAGAGGUGUAUGCCUACGGAUACUCCACAGGAGAUCCCAAAAAAAGGAUGAGGGGUGCGUUUGGCAACGUGGCUUUGUUGGGGAUGAUGCUGGCCACUUUUAACUUCGGUCGUCAUCUGAUGGGCUGGACCGGACCGGCACGCCUGAGGCCAUUCCGCGGUGCGCCCGGUCGCUUAUGAGGACGAGGAGAUCGGCGUCAGAAUCAUUUUCAUUGGAAUCACGGCAACUGCGUGUAGUAUAAGGCUGUACUUCCUGUGGCGUAUCUGCUCAACUCUCACCCGCUUAACGGGUUAAGUUAACGCUGGAAAGUAAUCUGACUGGUUGUAGGAUCGCCACGCCCAUUUCCUGGCUCAUUAUGUUUGCUGUAUCCUCUUUAUGGAGUAAAAAUCAGUUGGUCAUGUAGCUUUAAACAUGUAAUUUUGCAUUGAAGAUGACCAAGUCAUAUUUUUUUUCUGUGCAUCUCAUUACUUCUGAUUGGAUUUGUCAAGGCUACAAAAUCUAAAUUUUCUUACUGUAAUAACUGCCUGAAGUGAGAAGUCAACUCUGACUUUUGUAAAUUAAAAAUCUCUACACUUCUGA